AUGAAAAACAGCCAGAAAUUGGGAGGCAAUCAAAAAAUUCAACAAAUCUAUAACCACGAGGAGAUGCUUGAAUAAGAAGAGAUGUCAAAAUAACUUAAAGAUCAGCUAUCACUCAUAUUAAACACCUCAAACGAACAGAUCACCGUCAAGGAAGCACUUGAAGCAAUUAAAUCCGAGAAUCUUCUCGAAACUCAUAAAGCAUUAAUUUAACUCAGAAAGACCUUGUCUGUAUUAUUGUUUCAAUAAUUUAAUAAGAAUUUUGAUUAAGCAGAACUAUUUACUAAUGAACUUGUACCACUCCUAUUCUACUUAAUCCAAUUCGGAAGCACAUACAUCAUCAAAUUAGAAGCUACAUGUUAAAUUAAUUAUAUAUAUUAGAAAUCAUCUCCAUUUUUGCAGGGGGCAAAAGUGAAAUUUCAAGAAUAAUCUUUGAAAAUGGCAUUCUUCAAUUGGCUUUGUCCAUCCUCUAGAAUGAAAACCCAGAAUUGUCAAUCCUCAUAGUAGUCAUACUGGGUAAAUUGGCAGGAGAAUCAAUCCAAUACAGAGAUUGCAUACUCCAAGUCUAAAAUGGAACUCAAAUACGAAGCAACCUACGUCUGGUGUCUCGCCAAUAUGUGUAUUGGAAGACCCAGUCCAAAAUUCGAAUUGAUAAGACCAGCCUUCAACAUAUUCAUGAAAGUCAUCAUGUAUGAACCUACACCAAUUAAUAUCAAGAUGAUCAACGAUGCAAUCUGGGCACUUGGAUACAUGCUCGAUGGAGAACCUACUAGAAUUAACAUCCUAAUUGAAUAAGGCAUCAUCAAAAGAUUAAUGGAAUUGAUGCAUCAAUGCAAUUUUGUCUCCAUCUUGAGAAUUUUUGAAUGCAUAUUCCAAGGCAAUCAAGAAUAGAUCCGCUACUUAUUGGAAUGUGGAUUCUUAUCCGAAAUCAGGAACAUUCUGGAUCCCAAAAGUCGAGAAAAGAGUGGCAACAUGAUCUAAACAUUUGCAGCUACUGAAACCUUAUUCAAAGUGUUGUCCAAUCAGAAUUUCUUAAUAUCUCUGUUUCGAUCUUUAUCGGAUGAGAAUUCAGAAAUCAGAGGAGAUGCUUUAGAGAUGAUCGGAAAUGCAGUAUAACAUGGGACUAAUGAAGAUGUAAAUCAGAUGGUCAAGAACAAACUCAUUCAGAGUGUUUUAGGGAUGCUGGAGUUAGCUUAGGACAGAGAUAUACCUUCUCAUCAUCUUAAGAAAGGACUAGAGAUACUCAUAAGAAUACUGCGGAAGGGGGAAAUCAGAUCAAAGGAUAGACAGGACAAUCAAUUGAUGGAAAAGAUGUAAUAUAAAAGCUACUAUCCUUUAAAUAGGAUGACGUUGCGAAAUAUGCUUACAUCUUUAAAUAGGAAUUCACCUUAUGAAUACAUAAAAAUUAUAAAAUUAUAUCCAAUUUUUCCUCCAAGAAUGCUUGCACUUUUUAUGCUGAUUCCAUUGGUUGUAAGGGCCAUCCUCCAAUACACCGUCAACUAUGGAGAGGUCAAAACACUCUUCAAUAUUAACGAUGCCUUGGAGGCUGAAUUGAUUUUGUUAGAUCCAACCGAAGAAGCUUAGUGUUCUCUCCUCAGUCCCACUAUUCAGUUCCAAGAGGAAACCAUUCACCUGUUGUCAGAAUACACCGAUACAGAUACUGAUGAUUUGCUCAUAGAUAUGAUUACUACAAACGAAGAAACUCAAAUAGGCCUCACUGCAAGUUCCAACCUAUUCUACUUCUAUAAUUCAACCAAUACAACCACUCUAUAUAAACUAAGCAUCAACUUUGAUUAGGAAAUAUUACCUUAAUUGCUAUAUUCGCCUUAAUAAUUAAUUAUUAUAUAUCCCAAGAUCGCAUAUUCAGUAGAUAUCUAAUAAGGAAGUGUGUGGAAAUUGGUUCCCACUCUCCAAGGUAGAACUAAUCGUUAUUACUCAAAAAUAAUCAACUCCUAUUUGAUAUCUGCAGUUGGAAGUGAUGGCUUGGAUAUUUAUCGCAAUCUCACACUAUUGGAAUCACUAAAUACAGGGUCCAUUGGACUCCAAAGCAUUGAUUUCAGAGACUUUGCUGUGUAUCAGUUAAAUGAGAGAAAAUUCCUCAUUUUUAUCCUAUGCAAAAUCAAUGGGGUUGUAGUUGUGGAGGUGUCCUUCCUUAGAGAAUAGGUAGCCUUUAAAGUACUACUAAAACAGAUUGGCCCCAGAUCUGAUGGAAUUGUGAUUGACAUUUGGGAUCAAUCGAAUGUCUUUGUGGCUUACAAAAGCAGCCAUUAUCAUUAUUUGGUUCACUACAAUAUUGAACCUUACAAUAAGAAGUGGAGUUCCAUUGCCAAAUACAACAUAUCUAAUCGAAUCAUAGACAUCGAUGUAAAUGAAAACUAUGUUUUGGUUUAGGGAACUUACAAUCAUCAUUUUAUUUAGUAUAAGAAAUAGCAGAACAGUGUCUCAUUUCGCUUGGGCUCAGUCAAACAGUUCGUAUCAUCAUAGAAUUAUAUUUAUGGCACUACAUCUAACUACUUAUUCAAAUUUCGUCCUCUAAUAUAACCAUAUUCAAUCAAAUGCUAUAUCGAGUCUGAUCAACAAUUCAUUCGAUAAAAAUAUAAAUUACUUUAUAAGACACAACUAAAUUGGCAAUCGACAGAAUUUGAAGUUCUCUUCAAUCAAAUGCCAUUUUCGAUAUCAUCAAAUUUGAUAAUUUUGAUUAUCAUAUUUUCAAUCAUCAUACUCCUUGCGAUUCUCGCAGCCUAUCAAUAUAAACAAUAUCAACACAGGAAUAAUGAAAAAGUCAACUUGGAAUAGAGAAUCUAAUAUUUACCUCAAAACAGAGCUUCAAAAUUAUUGAUGCCUCAUACUUUUAGAACUAACUAACAACAUGUAGAAUAAAAAAUGAAUACAAUGAAUUUCACAGAUGAAACUAUCUAUCCGAAAGAUAAGAAGAUAUUUUGA